CUCCACCUUGACACUCGUAGUCGAGGUUUGGACUUCGUAUCUCACUUAGCUUCUCCCGAGUGUAGCAAGUUGCAGCUGAUCGCUGGUGCCAACGCCCGGCGAAAUAGACAGAUAACGUUAGCUAGUGGAGGGACAUUGCUAAGUGCAUUCCCAGCAGAAUCCAAAAAAAGCAGAGAUGCAGACUAUCAAAUGUGUGGUGGUGGGUGAUGGAGCCGUGGGGAAAACCUGCCUGUUGAUUUCAUACACCACUAACAAAUUCCCGUCUGAAUACGUACCGACAGUUUUUGACAACUAUGCUGUAACUGUAAUGAUUGGGGGUGAACCGUACACCCUUGGAUUAUUUGAUACAGCAGGUCAGGAGGAUUAUGACAGGUUACGACCACUAAGCUACCCACAGACAGAUGUCUUCCUAGUCUGUUUCUCAGUUGUUUCACCCUCCUCGUUUGAGAAUGUUAAAGAAAAGUGGGUUCCUGAAAUAACUCACCACUGUCCUAAGACCCCGUUCCUGUUGGUAGGCACGCAGAUCGACCUGCGCGAUGACCCCUCCACAGUGGAGAAGCUAGCCAAGAACAAACAGAAGCCAAUCACCCCUGAGACGGCGGAAAAGUUGGCUCGUGACCUUAAGGCAGUGAAAUACGUUGAGUGUUCAGCCCUAACGCAGCGGGGACUGAAGAACGUAUUUGAUGAGGCUAUCCUAGCCGCUUUAGAGCCCCCUGAGACUCAGAGAAAGAGAAAGUGCUGUUUGUUCUGAUGUCUUUGUGCAUCUAGCUUUGCCUCUCGAUUGUCUGCUGCUUACUCAUUGUAAAGAGAUGUCUGUCACUAGAAUAACUACAACGCUCUUUUAAACUUACAAGACUUUGUGCCCAUUAACUUCUUCCUCCUGUCCAUGCGUGCUUUCUUUUCAACUUGGCCUAAUCACAACUAUCCACGCUGCCUGAUUUAACAAUGGUGCCAAUCUUUAGCUCUUCUUGUCUGUCUGUUGCAGCCUGGGUGUAAAUCUGUGAAACUGGACAUGACUGCAUUUGUUUGUUAUUCAGUCUCGAUUUUACCUGCAGAGCAUUUAUGCCACAAUCUUUCUUAGACAGUGAUAAUCUUUAUUUAAUUUUUUUUUUCUACUGCAGCAUCAGAAAUUUCCCAUGGGCUUUUGUCUUUACUCAGACAACUUGUUCACAAAGGAGUCUUGUAUAAUGUUAUUUGAAUAAACUAAACUUUUGAUUGCCCUGCUCCAUUUCUACCCAGCCUUCUUUUGCAAUUAGUUCCCCGAAGAUGCUAAUAUGUAUUUGGAGCACAGCCCUGUUUUGAAUAUUAAUAUUUUAUUUCCACAGAAAGGAUUAAAGAAUGUGUUUGAUGAGGCAAUACUGGCGGCCCUGGAGCCUCCUGAACCUAAGAAAAGGCGUAAAUGUGUUCUGCUCUAGGUUUCGUCACAGCCUUCUUCACACCAGUUUCCAAAUCUAGGUUAACGGUACUGAAGAGAGUUUGAUGCACAAGCACAUUCCAACAUGGGUUAAGAUAUUGUGAAAUAUUUUCCUUCUGACUGACUUGGCCUAACCUAAACACGUAUUCAAUGUGUUGAGCAUGGUUUUUAGGUGGCGUGACAGCUCAUGCUGUUUGUGACGAUUUCGAUGCCAAUGAAAUGGUCCCACGUGACGGGAACACUGAAUACUUCAGAUACGUCAGCAAACUGUUGGUGACAUAAUUAAAUGCUGUUUCACUUUGACAACAUUAUAUUUUAAAGGUAAUUUUGUAGAAAUGCAAUUCCAAAAGAAGACACUAGGUAUUUUUAAUAGAGCCUCUGUUUUGACGGCCUUGUAAGAACUGAGAACGUUGGGUUAGUGAACUGCUCCAACUAUGUAUUAGUCUGUGCUACAUCUAUUCUUUUAAACCAAUUUCCUUUCAAGGUUAUCAUUUGUACCACAUGUUCACCACUGUGGCACGAGACUGCAUUCGGCAACGUGGCAUUGUCAGAAUAACAAAUUCUUAAAGACUAAUUUCAUUUCUUAAUGUGUUCAUAAAAUGUGCCGUAGUUUACUUAUUUUUUCUAUACGUAUAUACAUCAUUUUACGUUCAAAGUCAACGCGGCCUUGGAGUAAAUCUAAGAAACAUUUGCCGACUUGACAUUUCUAAGCUAUUCCCCAUCGUAGUUCUGGUUUGCCAAAAUCUAACGUCAUAAGUCGACACCUGUCAGAGGAGAGAUCUGCAGAAGCCGAUUAACAUGUGAGAAAUGGAUGUUACAAUUGUCAAUUUAACAAACUAUAUGCAAGAAGUUGGAGCACAAUUUCCAAGACAUUUACCUUUUGUGACAAGUGAGUUAACAAUGUGUGUCUUGAAUACUUAUCAAAGGAGAAUUCCAGCCUGUAACCACAAGCUAAUGAACUAUUUUGCAAACUGAACGCACUUGUUCUCAUAAAACUGAAAUCUUAUCAUUUGGAACCCUGUGAAGGUCGGCACUAUUUAUAUUUGUCUUUUAGUACAGACAUGCACCUGAAUUGUGACGGGCUGGAAUUUGAUUUGUAAAUACAGAAUAACUUAUUGACUGAAUACAAUGUGUGCAUUAAAAAUAACGAUUUGAAGGAAGCAAGGUGACACUGAAAUCAAAAUAACAAACAAGUUCUUUGCUUUUUAUUUAAUUUGACAUCAAAGUUGUAUUGUAUCUAUCUUCUAAUAAAGCACCACAAUAAAACAGUAUUAUGAAUAAACUUAACUUAAAAUACUA